AUGGCGGAAAGCGCUAAGCCACUGAUGCUAGUCGCUAUCGACGACAGUGAGCACAGCUUCUAUGCAUUGGAGUGGACUCUGGACCAUUUUUUUGUUGACGGAAGCAGCCAUCUUUUCAGGCUCACCAUCAUCCACGCUAGGGCAUCUCCCUCUUCUGCUCUCGGAGUCGCCGGAGUUGGAUCUGGGGACUUCCUGAAUUCGUUGAUUUCUGAUAUGAAAAAAUCGGCUGCUAGGACAGUCGAGAAGGCCAAGGAAUAUUGCACCAAGAGAAAGGUGGAAAAUGUGCAAGUGGAAGUUAUGGAAGGUGAUCCUAGAAACGUUAUGCCCGAAGCUGUGGAUAAACACCGUGCAGCCCUUUUGGUUCUGGGCAGUCAUGGUUAUGGAGCGGUAAAGAGGGCUGUUUUGGGUAGUGUAAGCGACUUCUGUGCACAUCAUGCUAACUGUUCAGUGAUGAUUGUUAAGAGGCCAACAAACAAGCCUGCUGCCAAGUAG